UCACUGACAAACCGGAUUCCCAGAGAUCUCUGCUGGUUCACUAAAUAUUCUUCAUCAGGGUGAAUAUGAACUUUUAAAAUAUUCCUUUGACAAUGAAAGAGUGUCGUUUAACGUGGAAACAACAUGUGAAAGUGUUUUGACUAUUUGUUGUGGAGAGAGAGAGUUAUACGUGCAAACUGAAGCGGUGGGUUCGCUUUUCUCUGGGGAUCUGGUCUUCACAGGAAGUGAGCCUGUUUUGUUUUUGUGUCAAACGCUGACAGACGUUUGCGUGUCAAACAUCUGUCAGUGAUCCCGACUUGUUGCCAAAUGAUUAAAAUGUGGAUAAACGGAGGGAUUGAGGUAACUCCGGGAUUACCUGAGGUCAUCCUGCUGCUGAAACAGUCACAGUGACUCGACAUAAAAACGUUUAUCCACAGCAGAGUAAAUCAGAAGUAACAUGAUCCCCACCCUGGACUCCGUCUUAGUGAAGGUGUGGUCGAGUUUUGUCUCCUGACCCUGACGUCUCUCCUUCCCCCGAGAAUAACUCUGUAAUCGAUCACCAUUUUGGCGCCGAUUAAAAACAAACUCCUUCUCAAAAACACUCAAACAUAUAAAAUACGAUUUGACAACCAGCGCUUUAAAUACAGACAGUCUUAAUAUGAUACAAGACAAACCAGGCCGGGCUCAGUGGCGCAUAAAUCCUCCGUGACCCAGAUCUGGACAAUAUGGGGUCGAAAAAUAAGACCGGCUUUCAAAGGUAUGAACACACAAGAUAGUCUGGGAAAGACGGGAGGAACAAUGAAGUAAAGAGGAGAUAUCAAAAUGAUGAAACCCGAACCUCAUCUUGAUUAGGACCCAAAGAAAAGACAAGACUUCAUAAGACGAAGACAAAACCGUCUCUGCUGGUCUCUGGUGGGUUACACCUGGAUGAAAGAAAAGGUGCGGAUGUGGGCGUAGAUCUGUGAGCCGACCAAUGAGAUUAAACAAAGAAACAGGAGGAUAAAAAGCAGGACCGGACCGGGACGGGCAGACCAAGGCCGACCCGUCCUGAAACAGGUGAGUCUGUUCUGGACUUCUAUUAUUAUAUAUCUAUAUUAUUGAACUUACAGGAAGUCCUGUUUUUUCGUUUUCUACGAUUAGUUGGUUUUGGUAUUGUUUGAUUUUGAAUGAUUUCGGUUCCAGUUCCGAUUCCUUGUUUCGAUUCCGGUUCCAAAGAAUUCUCUAUUCCGAUUCUUUGGAAUUGGAAUUUAAAUUUUAAAAUUUGAACAGUUCCUGGAGAAUCGGAAUGUUGGUCCUGAUCCCCAUCAAUGCUCGAGACUCGACGACGAGGGUCCACAGAACUGUUCGAUCCUCUAACGGGGGCUCUGCAGUAAUCCUUCUUGACCUGACGGCGGCAUUUGACGCGGUGGAUCAAUCGAUUCUCCUAUUACACACUGCUUCUAGCUGGUUCAGUUGCUCCUCUGUGUGGGGGGAUCCCCCAAGGGUCACUUCUGGGCCCCCUUCUAUUCCCCCUCUAUAUGCUUCCCUUGGGGUCAUUUUUAGAAAGCCUGGUGUUCCUUUUUGCUGUUUUGCCGACGAUGUGCAGGUGUAUUUGCCUGUUAAAGCCCCGACCAAAGACUCUCUGCAGGUCGUGUUUAACUGCAUGAUUGAUGUGAAGACAUGGACGGAUCUCAACUUCUUCAAAUUAAACGAAAACAAAACAGAGGUCGUCCUGUUCAGUCGCCCUGACCUGGUUCAGGUCCUCUCCAGUAGAGGAUGACAUCCUGUUAUCGGGACGGGAAAAAAGGCAUCAGGAGCGGGAACAACAUUAAUGCUCUUGCGAAUCUGUGUCCUUGUUUAUAACCGGGCAUGCCGUGAGUUUUUACAGUUGAAAAUCCAACGUCCAAGUUCUUCAGUGUGGGACAAAGAGAGGGGGACAUUCGGACAGUUUCAACUUUGUCCUCACUUCAGAGCAGGUGGAUGGACAUGCAUGAGGAUGAACAGGUCCUUCAGAUCUUUAGGUGCCUACUGAGCAUUUUUUGGUCUCAAAGAGGUCUAAUGGACGUCUAAAUGUAGCCGAGACGACUGGUCUAAAAAUGAACAUUUUUUAGACAUCCAAAUUUAGACCAAGUCUAAACCUGCGCUAUAUUUACACUACACUAUACAUUGCUCAAUGGCUAUUAUAGUUAUUUUGGUUAAGUACUUGGAGAUCAGUUAUGAAACUCACAGUUCCUUUUUGAAAUAAAUAGAUAUCUAAUAAUGGGUUAAAGCUUAACGUCUAAACUCUGUCUAAAAAUAUACAGAAUCUAGACGGUUGAAAUUAGGUCUAAAAAAAUCUAAUGUCUAACAGCCAUCUGUUGCUCAGUGGGUGAGAAGAUCUCACAUCUCAAAUAUGCAGUUAUUUUUUAUAUGCGCGUAAUCAGGGUCAUAUUUUGGUAAGAGGAGGAUAAACACUUGUAAAUGAUUCCUAUCUUACAUAUAUCUUCAAAGUAGGCUGGAUGGAGCUUCAAACGAACAGGAACAGAGGGUUAAACCAAGAGGACCUUGAAAAAAUUCUCCAUGCUUUUAUCACGUCUUGUUUAGAUUAUCGUAACUCCCUGUAUGUCGGAGCUCAACCGCUCGUCUCCUAAUUGGGACUAAGAAACGGGAGCACAUAACUCCAGUGCUUUCAACGUUAGGUACAGGAUUGAUUUUAAGAUCCUUUUAUUUGUUUUUAAGUCUCUAAAUUGGGCUGGCCCCGGAAUACUUGUCUGACCUCAGCCCCCCAGAGCCCUGAGGUCAGCUGUUUAGGUGGUUUUAGAUGUUUCUCGAUCCUUCUUAAGAUCUAAAAUCUAGGGGAGAUUGAGCGUUUUCUGUCGAGGCUCCCACUAGUGCAGGGGUGGGCAAUCAUGUGCCAUGGAGGGCCGAGAGGCUGCAGGUUUUAUUUCCAACCCAAAACUCCACCAGGUGAUUUCACGGAUUACCUUACCUCCAAUCAGAGAGCAGGGACUAAUCAGUGAAAUCACCUGGUGGAGUUUUGGGUUGGAAAGAAAACCUGCAGCCUCUCGGCCCUCCAUGGCACAUGGUUGCCCACCCCCGCACUAGUGGAAUGUUUUAUCCCGACAGCGCGUUAAAACACUUCUGAAGACGCACCUGUUCACUUCAGCUUUUGGGACGUUUAGCUUCUUUUAUUGAGUCUUUUAUUUACUCGCUUUGUUUAUCUAUAUCGUAAAAGUCUUAUUUUGUGUUUCCUCCAGCGUCACCAUGAUGUUCCUGAGAGUGUCCCUGACCCUCGGCUGCCUCCUGGCCCUGAGCAGAGCCAUUCCUCUGAACUCCACCAGGGGUCGCUGCCAGUACAUGAAGGAGAAGGACUACUACGGCAAAGGGGGCUUCGUCCCAGAGUGUGACUCGGACGGGAACUACGUCGCUCAGCAGUGCUGCACCCUGACCGGGUACUGCUGGUGUGUGGACAUCCUCUCAGGAAAGGAGAUCCCCAACACCAAGGCGGUUCCGGGGGAUUUUCAAGUGGACUGUGGUGAGUCUGGUUCUUCUUGUAGGAUGACUCGGUUGUCAUCCAGGUCACGGUGAUCCAAAGCUUGAUCCAAACAGCAGCUGGACUUGGUUAACCCUUUGGUUCAUGUUGAUUGACUGACAUGAGGAUAAAUGUUCAUAAAAUAAUCAUUUUAAAAAAAAAAUUUUAACUUUUUUUUACUCAAAUCUCUUAAACAACUUCAGCCCUGACCAUUAAAAAAAGUAAUGAAUAAAAACAGAGUUGUUUUUUUUUAAUAUGAAGAAAAAUAAGAACUCUCAGCAAAUUUGAUUUUCCGAUCUUUAAAAAUGUGACUGUCAGCUCAAAAUAAAGAUGAGAAAAUGACAAGGACAUAGUUGGAACCGAGGGUUAAGGCUCUUAAAAGUUCAAGAUCACGGGUCCAAGAAUCUUAACGAAGCCCUGUGACCCUUUAGAUCAAGGUCUGGAUCUGCUAGACUUGAUUUUUAGCUGAUUUAAACCCUCUUCUCAGAGUGUCUGCUGCCGUUCGCUUAUUUACCACUAACCUUCGAAGACUCUGACUGUUGGACAUCAGGAGGUUCUGACCGGGUCUCAGGACUUUAAAUACUCUGGUCCAGAUGAUGGGUGUGUCUCUGUAGGGGAGGGGGGGGGGCAUUUGUUACAAGACAACCAUGACGGUUUUGGGCCUGAUUCCCUCCUCAGUACAAAGCCCAGAUCAUCAGACCUGAGGCCUGUACUACGAAGCUGGAUUAACAAAUCCAGGAUAACUCUGCGACAACUCGCUCAACUUCACCGGAUCUCCGCGAUCCCGAUCAGCUGUACUACGAAGCAGGAUAUCAACUCGAUAACUGAAUCCAGUUCAGAUCUGUGCGCGCACACGUAAAGGGGGUCGGGUCAGUGCCACCGGACCAAUCUCCACAAUGGAGAAGGCUGCACGUCAUUUUUCACAGCUGAAGAACAGAGCUUUAUUUAAACAGUGAGACAGACACAGCCGCUAAAAGCCGGAGGGACUGCCGGCAAAAAAAAUCACCGGUUGUGUAAAUUACAUUUGUGCGUUCAUAAAUUUAUGGCCCCCUAAUAUGUUGUCAUGCAGCGUGUGUGAUCACCACCAUCACUGACCUCAUUAUUUCAGAUACAACAGCAGUGGGGAAAAGAGUACGUGGGAGCAAAUAAAAAUAAAUCUAAAAACAUCCUUUAAAGUAGUUUGUAAGUUUAUUGGAAGAUUUUAUUUGUACAUAUUUCAACGCGUAAACCGUGAUUUCCUCACACUGCCUUUUUUUUUCUCCAUCAUCUGAUGGUCACGUCAUCUGCAGACACAUUUGGGGUUAAGAGUUUCCUAAUCUGCUUCAAUGAAUUCUGAAUGAUGACUAACAAAUUUGAACCUGGAGCUUGGCAAAUAUUAGUGUAUUGCUUAGACUUCAUGCUACCUGAAUAUUGAGGCCGUCCGAGAAAAACCUGUAACGUUCAUAGAGAACGUCAUCAGGUAAAUCAAACGGGUUUGAACGAUCAUGAAUAUAACGCUCUCGGCGAAGCGCUCCUCUCACUAUCCGUGCAACGAUGUCCCCGGGAUCCGGCAAAAGUGGGCAAGCCAUUUUCCAAGAGAUCCGAUUGGUCAUCGGGCGGUUUUUUAUACCUGCUGAGCUCUUAUCCUGAAACAUAACCUGCUCCGGAGCAGGUUUGGCGUUCCGCGUAAGUUACCGGGGCAACGGACCCGGAUAAAAAGAGAUCCACCUUUGUAGUACAGAAAACCCAGAAGUUAUCCAGAAGUUAUCUCGCUAAGACCAAAUCCAGCUUCGUAGUACAGGCCUCUGGUUCUGGAGAUAAUCUUCCUAGAUUAUCCUGUUGGGUGAGAUGGGUUAACAGGGACCAGUUAGGAGUCAGGACUGCGGUUAGUCUGUUUCUGUUUUUGUUCUCUAUGUUGUUUUUCAAAGAUCAGUUAAGAUUUACAAACCUGAGCUCAGCCUGAUUAAGUUUAGAGAAGAAGGUUAUAAAUCAGAAAAACGAGUAUUCUUGGAUUUAAAACGAUGAAAACAUACGACAGAGUUGGAUCACAGACAAAGAAACACCUCAAAGUGAUAAAAUCAAAUUGGAGUUUGGCACCACCUGGUGGUGGUCAACUGAUGUGCAGGUACAUCCUUAAUCAUUUUAAAACCAAACUGAAAACGUACCUUUUCAGUCUUGCUUUUAUCUAAAUUUCAUAUCAUUAACUUUAAAUGUUUUAGCGUUUAUCUCUUUCUGGUUUUAUCGUCUUUUAUUGAGCUAUUUUGUUGCUCUUAUUUUAGUUUCUUUUACUGUUGUUUAUAUUUCACUUUCUUUAUUAUUUCUUAAAUUUUAUUUUAUGUUACUUUUAGAUUUUAAACCUCCAGUGAAUUUAAAACAAUGUUUCCUCAGUGAGGGGAGGUCCUGCCUCAAGUUGGAGGAGUUCAAGUAUCUUGGGAUCUUGUUCAUGAGUGAGGGUAGGAUGGAGCGGGAGAUCGACAGGCGGAUCUGAGCGGCGUCAGCAGUGAUGCGGACGCUUAACCGAUCAGUCGUGGUGAAGAAAGAGCUGAGCUAUAAGGAGGUUUACCGGUCGAUCUACGUGCCGAUCCUCACCUAUGGUCAUGAACUUUGGGUAAUGACCGAAAGAACAAGAUCGCAGAUACAAGCGGCUGAAAUGGGUUUCCUCCUCAGGGUGUCCGGGCUCAGCCUUCGAGACACUCGGGAGGCGCUCAGAGGAGAACCGCUGCUCCUCCACGUCAGGAGGAGUCAGCUGAGGUGGCUCGGGCAUCUGGUUAGGACGCCUUCUGGACGCCUCCCGUUAGAGGUGUUCCAGACAUGUCCCACCAGGAGGAGACCUCAUGGCCAGCCCAGGACCAGGUGGAGGGACUAUAUCUCUCGCCUGGCCUGGGAGCACCUGGGAAUCCCCCCGGAGGAGCUGGUGGAAGUGGCCGGGGUGAGGGCCGUCUGGGCUUCCCUCCUGAAGCUGCUGCCCCUCGACCGGCACACGAAUAAACAAACGCUUCCUCAGUGCGCACAUUCCUGUUUGUCCAUCCAUCCAUUUUUUACCGCUUAUUCCCAUUCCUGGGGUCACGGGGGGGCUGGAGCCUAUCGGGCGAAGUCGGCAGUUCAUCGCAGGGCUGACAUAUAGAGACAAACAACCAUCCACGCUCACAUUCACACCUACGGGCAAUUUGAAAGUGGCCAGUUAACCUAACCCCACUUCUGCACCCACACAGACACAGGGAGAACAUGCAAACUCCACACAGACUUCACCUGACCCGGAUUUGAAUUCAGGACCUUCUUGCUGUGAGGCGACAGGGCUGAUUGAUUGAUUGAUCCUUGAACUAGGCUGGACGAGGUUUCGAUCGUCCUCUGCUUUCACCUUCUUUAAAAAAGCAACAAAGGAAUAACUUGGUUCUAACCAGCUGAGCUUUUGUCGUGUUUUUAUAGGAAAGGAGCACUACUGUCCUUACGACUGGUCCCAGUACGGAAGCCGCUGUUUCAUCUUCAUCGACACCCCGAAGUCAUGGAUCGAAGCGGAGGUGAGGUCCGAUUAAAGGAGGGCCCCCUAGAGGCUGAAAUGUCCGUCCAGUCAGUCAUGAUUUUUCUCAUCCUCUCAUUUUCAGAGUUACUGCCUGUUUGAAGGGGGGAACCUGGCGUCAAUCCACAGUGACGACGAGAACCACUUCAUCCAGGGUCUGACCAGAGGGUACACCCACGAAUUCCCUGAGGCCUGGAUCGGCGGUCAGGAUGCUAUUCAGGUACGGAAAUCCCAGCGUGUGGUCGUUUUACUUCCUUACGUUGUAUUUUCGAACAUUCUCACCCCGAUGACGACACCCGAACUAUCUCAACUUUUAAAAUAAACGUCAACUCUAACCCAGUUCUGUCGGAUAAGAAGGUCAUUACAUAUUUGCUUCUGUCUCCUACAGAGCUGUUUUUGGAUGUGGAAUGACGGCACCAGGUUCGACUACGGAAUGUGGUACUCCGAUUACGAUGUGGAGAGAACUGAGCACUGUCUGGAGAUUAAUCAUGGAUGUAAGAGCUUACAGACGCGGACGUCGGGUAACUAAGAGAGAUUUUAAAACCUGUGCGAGGUUUUCAUGAAACUGUGUCUGUGUUUUCAGAUAUGUUGAAGUGGAACUACGCCGCCUGCAAUGAGACCCGACCUUUUGUUUGCGUCAAGAGCCACUGGAGAACGAUCCUGUUUUAAGAAACCGACCCGUCUGAUGAGCUUCUAGAGAGUUUUUUUGUUUUUUCUCAGUGCUUCCAUUUCCUCCUCAGAAUGAAGUUAGGAUAAAGUUCUGAUCAACUUCCUGGUGUUCUAGACCCACUUCAGACCCUGAUUUUUGGAUGAUCCAGUCAAACCUGUUUUCUGUCUUUUUGUAAUCCCAAAUUCAAGAAACCUUUCCAGUAGAAAUAAGAGCAAUAAAAAUAAACAAACAGUCAAGAAACUCUGGA